AUGGCAGAUCCAACAAUUUUAAGAUACCUAGCAAAGCAUUACAAGGAUAAGAUUGUGUGUCAACCAAAUAUGAAAAUUUGGGAGCUAAAGAAACUCAUUAAGGAUGAACUGGACAUGUAUGUUGGUAGGUCUACUGUACAUAGAGCUAGAGCAAAAAUUCUAAAGGAGAUAAUAGGUGAUGUGCAUGCUGAGUUCAAGAGACUCUAUGAUUAUAGAGAUAUUCUAUUACAGACAAAUCCAGGUACAACUUGUGUUGUGAAGGUAGAAGACCAAGGUGAAGGCAAGCUUGUCUUCAAUUCAUUUUAUGUUUGCUUCUAUGCUAUGAAAAAAGGAUGGUCUGAAGGUUGCAAAAGGAUAAUUGUCCUUGAUGGUUGUUUUCUGAAAGGCAUUUAUAAGGGUCAACUUCUUGUAGCAGUAUCAAAGGAUGGAAAUAAUCAGAUGUUUCCUAUAGCUUGGGCCAUUGUAGAGGGAUUGCUUAAAGUUGUAUCAGAAGUGUUGCCUGAAAGUGAACAUAGGUGGUGUGCCAGACAUAUAUUAGCAAACUGGUCCAAAGAUUGGAGAGGAUUAGAGAGGAGAUACAACUUCUGGGGGUGUGCUAGAGCAUCAUGUGUGGUAGAACUGAAUUUUCACCUGGACAGUUUGAAUAUGCUUGGGAAUGGGAUAUGUGAGAGCCUCUUGAGGUAUAACAAUGAAACCUGGUGCAGAGCAUACUUCAACCGUGACAGGAAAUGUGAUAUAAUUGACAACAAUAUGUGUGAGACAUUUAAGGCUUGGAUACUUGCUGUUCGGUACAAGACAAUUAUCACAAUGUUGGAGGAAAUUAGAGUGAAGAUGAUGGAGAGAAUAGGAAAAUUGAGGGAGUUUGCAGAUACAUGGAUAUGUGAUAUAUCCCCAAUUGCUAUGAAGGUGUAUCAGGAUAACAUGGCCCAAUCUAUGAGGUGUACAAUCAAGUGGAAUGGUGAAUAUGGCUAUGAGGUUGAGGAUACCUCAUUAAGAGUGGUGCUGAAGUAUUGUGUGAAUAUGCAAGCUCAAACUUGUACAUGCAGGUCAUGGAUGCUGAAGGGUAUCCCUUGUGCUCAUGCAAUUGUUGCUAUGCAUUUCAAGAACAUUGACCCAAUUAACUACAUAUCUCAUUAG